CCUCUAAGAGAGUGAUUCUCAAAACAAGCCACCAAUAGCUCCAAGCAAUGGAGGGACUGUGGACUUACCUUUUCUACCUCUAUGGACUCCUUGUGGAUGCGGUGUUCCCAUGUGAGAAUCUAGUGAAGUUGCAGGCUAAUGAACUGAACCGAGACCAGUAUCUUGGCAGAUGGCUCUUCAUCGCGGCCGCAUCCUCCUCCUCAUCGUCGCUGGAGACUUUUGCCUACGUUGACAGCACCCUGUUUAGUAUGAAUCAGACCGAGAGCCCAGAGCGACUGCAACUAUGGGCUGCCAUCCGACUGAAAACAGGCCAAUGUGUUCCCAAAUCGUGGAAUUAUUUGCUUGAAGAAAAAAGUGCUGAUCUGGCUACCGAAGGCCGGCCUCACAUGAGGACAGAAUUGUUCUCCGCCAAGUGUCCCAACACCAUCAUUGUCCAGGAGACAGAUCAAGAUUAUCAAAGGAUCCUUUUCUACUCCCGGAUCCUCCAUCCGGAAGAACACUGCCUCGCUGAUUUCUGGAACAAAGCUUCCUGCCUUGAUAUGAACGAAUUCCUCCUUAUACCCAGAGCUCAAGAUGCCUGUGAAUUCCAGGAAACCUGACCUCUUUGCUUCAAAUCCAGCUCAGCAGGAAUGAAUCACCCCUUGAAGAUAACUUGCCUCAUCUAUUUGGAGAAGCAAUUGCUUGUAGUUUUAAAUAAAAUGUAUUUUCUAACGAGAAAA